UUUAAUAUGUUUUCAUUUCUUGUAGGAUUUCCCCCCUCAUUCCUGUCCCCCGCGUCCCUUAGCUUUUCUGUCUCGGACCCCGGCAUCUACACAAGGCUUCCAUAUCCUCCUAUGGGGAAGAGGCAAAAAGCAGAGCAACUGAAUGGGUUAAUGGAAAAAGGAGAAGGUGAGAUGCUAAAGUGAACAGUAUUCUAGAAAGAAAGAAAGGAUGAAGAAAGAGGUGGGGUGAUAAGGGACUGUGUGCACGUGGGUAUACAGGGGAAUAGAGGGACAGUAAUGGGGCAAUUCAGGAAGAGAAGUUCAAUAAUUGUAUCCAAUGCUUUACAUUAAAGUUUCAUGGGAUUCCAAGAGAACUAUAUCAUAUUUGCUGUCCUGCCAACCGUUUAGUUCCUUACCGAAAUUCCAACAGAUAUUUUGCUACAGAUGUGGCAAACUGUGAAUUAUUGCUUCAUAUAGUUUUACAGUUACUUAUAUAGCUUUAUGCUGCAUUUGCUUCCUGUAUCAUCUGUUCUAAAUACUGUGACCCUAAGCACCACCUCCUCCUGCUGCACUAUCAAUUAUCAAUCUUAUUAUUGUUAUUAUAAUUCCUCUUUUUACAUUUUAUUUUAUGUUUUUUUUUUUUUUAUUAUUAUUAUUAUUAUUAUAUCCAUCCACAGGAAGUAAUUGUGGGCAAUAUGCUUCUCCAAGUACUUUGUGUGGUAAGAGAUUUAUUUUAUUUUUCUAGAAAAUGCAUUUCUUUACAUGUGCUAUGGGAGGAGGAGUGUUGUGGAAAUAAGUUAUCUCAGUGAUGGAACUGAUAUAGAGAGAACCAAUUUUUGGGGUAGGGGUGGAUCUACCAUUUGUCCACAAUGCUUUUACAGCUGUGGUUCUACCAUUUGUCCAUCUUUGCAGGUUUGUUUUAAAUAUGUUUAUUAGAGUCGCAAAAAAGCGUAGGCAGACAUUUUACGAAUUGGUAAAAAUAACAUAUGGUUGCCUGCGCAGAGGCAUAUAAGUCAGAAUAAACAACCAAUAAAGUAAAUUGGAUGUACUUAGACUUUGCGAGAUUUGAUAUAUCAAGGGCAUUCGACAGGUACAGUUGCAAGAAAAAGUAUGUGAACCCUUUGGAAUGAUAUGGAUUUCUGCACAAAUUGGUGAUAAAAUGUGAUCUGAUCAUCAUCUAAGUCACAACAAUAGACAAUCACAGUCUGCUUAAACUAAUAACACACAAAGGCAUAUUCUCUGGACCACCCCCAAAUCCAGAGGUCAGAGCCGACUCCGCCGCCUCUGGGGCUCAGUUGUGGGGUUCACCGUUCCGGGUGCCGGGUCAUCUCAACCUGGGUCUCCGCUAUGUGCACGCAGGUUCCCCCUCGUUGCUGUAUUGAUGUGGAGCGUCUGUCAGCCAUUUUAGCUCCAUGUGUGCAUACCUUGUGUGUCUGGCUUGUCCCCUUCUCCAGUUUCUGAAGCUUGGACUCUUGGGCCGGGAUCACCCCCUCGGCCGGGUGGGGGGGGGGGGGAACGGGACCGUGCCAUAUCUCCUGCAUCUCCUCUUGUUGCCUGCUCGUUUAGCAUGCCUCAGGCUUCUGGGGCUCGCCAUGCUCCAAUGGCGUUGCCUGUCGGGUUGGUAUCACGGCUCUGUGCUCCCGGGUGCCUCACCUCCUGAUUGUCCGUCUUUUCGUGGGUGUUUUGGUAGGUUUUAUGCCUGUUUGCGUGUGUUUUGUGUCGCUUGUUGCCGGCCCGGCCCCGCACCCCAUCUUUGCAGGUUUGGAUUUGUUUGCAGUGUCUCUGUGUGUGAAUAUGUUUGUGUAUAAUGCUGUUUGCACACAGAAUCAUUUGUGGGUAGUAUUGGUGUUUGAAUGCAGGAGUAUGCUUGUGGGUAGUGUUAGAAUGCAAGGGUGUGUUUGUAAUGUUAACCGUUUAACGCCGUUAGGGCAUACCAUGCCUCCCUGUAAAAACUGGGGUUUUUACGCAGUUAGGGCGGCAUGGUAUGUCCUAACAAUCUGAAGCCCUCCAGACCAAAUGUACUCACCUUCUGCAAUGAUCCUGGUCGGGGGGACUGCCUGACAACCCAGGCAGUCUCCCUGCAGCCAACCCACCCUUUCCGGGAAAGGUACAUCGAGAUCACAUGGCCAGAAUGGCAGUCUACACAACUACCUGCAGGGUAGUAUAUUUAUAUAUAAUUAUAUAUAUAAUGUGUUUAUAUACACUGAACAAAAUUAUAAACGCAACACUUUUGUUUUUGCCCCCAUUUUUCAUGAGCUGAACUCAAAGAUCUAAGACUUUUUCUAUGUACAGUUUCUCUGAAACUGCUAUGUUUACAGCUGAAGGGUUAACCCUAGAUGGACCUGGCACCCAGACCACUUCAUUGAACUGAAGUGGUCUGGGUGCCUAUAGUGGUCCUUUAAUGACAGCACAUUAACACAGAGAAAAUCAACCAAUCAGAAAAAAGUUAGAUGCAAUAAAGCUCCCCCCCCCACACAUAACUUCCUCUUUCAAGCUGCGACAAAACAGAAUAAGAAACAGAAUAAAACCAUGCAGUGUAGCAUAAGUCCUUGUAGGCAGUAAAGUCAAUGAUGUCAUCCAGCCAAGAGGAAAUUUCAAACGUGGUGGCACGGACAGAUUAUAAACUGAAACGAGAAAAACCAUAGUCGAAUGGGCUGGUUAGAUAAUGAAAUGUACUCUGAAAAAACAUGCAGUCACCCAGUGCGACAAACAGUAUUGCUGUAAUGCACAGAGAUCCCAACCGUUCUAUGUAAGAAACAGUAACAUGAAAAGCAACAGGUAGCAGAAACAACAAGCAGAAUUGCAUACAAACCCGAUUACCCAAAACUUCUGACCAGAGGUCAAACAAGGGAAGGGAUGAAAAAAGUGGGAGGGAAAUAUUUGCCUCCUGUCAUUAAUAAAAUUAAGAUUAUACACUAAAGCUAGCAUAAUAUACAAUUUUAUAACACGACAGGAGGGUUCAUAUUUGCUGUUUUAACGCUCAGUCAACAAAGCAAACAAUGCUUGUUCUGUUGGUAAUAAUCCCGGGAGGCCAAUAGAUUCGUCCUGAAUGGAUCCUUUGACAGCGAGAUGUGACGGAAAUGCGAUCGACAGAGAUGCCAGUUGUUGUUGUUCCUCCAAUCCUGGGAAAAAGUCAAUCUGCCGCAGGAUUCACUGUACCUGGUAACAUGUGACCGGGCUCCGCCAAGGCGGUCAAUGUAAUGCAAUGCCAAUAUAGUGUCCAUUCUCAGGAGGAUGCAACAGUCUGAUAAAUUAUCGGUGUAACAACUUGAGAUUGCGAGUGGUAUCAUCUGAAAAUAGGUCUACUCCGCAGGCUAGUGUGCGAGGGGAAUCUGGUCGCACCAUAGAAUUGUCUGGCUAACCAUGCAAAUUGUGGAAUAUUUAUGACUGUGGGCGACGAAGCACCCCCGAGGGCGCAUCUAUCCUGAACCCCGGAACUUCACCACCUGGGACAGGGUGCGGGUCGACUUUCCUUGGAAGACUGUGAAGCCCAGGUAUACGAACAAGGGGUCAUAAAGUGAGGUUGAGAUCAGUCCAGGGCAUCCUUGCUGGAGAGUAAUAAGGAAUCCGGCUAUGAGGUAAUGGAAACCUUUGUAAACGAAAAUGAGCCGUCACUGGUCUUAGCAGUUGGUGAAUCACCAAGAGCCCUCACUUAGAUUGGAGAAUAGAUAGGUUGACCUGGCCAGGCCGGUCAUUCCCCAGGAAACACAGCAAAUGUUGGUACAUGGAACAGAAAACUACUGAUUCCGGAGGUUAAAGACAGCGUGUAAACUCACCCGACUUCGUACGAAUAAAAAGGCUGGAUCCGUAGAAACCCCUGGAGUCAGAUGGGAAGCUGACACGAUCUUUAGUCGACCAGGGUCUGGAGUUUAACGUCUACAAGCACCUGGUGGUCCGCCGUCCAGACCUGGUUCGUUGGGAAUGGUGUGCGUGUAGUGAUGGAAUGGAAUAGUUCAAAAUGGCUGUAGUAAUGACCACGUUGUCGUUCAGCCCUGCCGGAAAAACCGAGAUGGAAUCUGAUUUAAAUGCUCGGCACACUGAAGAGUGGGCUUUAUUGAGUGAGGUGUGUAAGUACAUGUGUUUGUGAAUUCUUUAAUAAUGUUUCUCCAAAGCCUAGGUCCUAGGCCAAGGGACCCCGUUCAUAAUUCAGGGACUGCAAUCCCGGCAUAUAUAUGAAGGAACGCCACCCACCUUUGUUCAGUGCAUAUUGGUAUCUAGCGUUGUCUAGUAGGCCUAUAGGAGGAAAAGCUCAGUCUUAAUAAACACGGUUCCAGAGGGCAGCUUUGCAUACGGGCUUCACCUGCUAGAAGCGGGAAAUUCGCCUGGCUUUCGAGAAUGUCGAAUAACUUGAUUUGAGCCAGUCUCAGGCUGCGAUCAAUACCCCUGCAAGGGUCAGGUCCCUAUGUCGCACUUUGGGUUCAUUGUGACCUUAUCAGGAAGAGAUGGUCUGGGCAUUCUGUCCGAAUCUUGCAAUUCCUGGUCUAGGGAUCUACGAGUCCAGUAAUGUACAUACUGGGCCAAAUGAUCCGGAGCCAGCUUUCGGGUGACUAAGGGUGACGAAUAGAAUGCGGGUCGAAGAGAGGUUUUUUCCCCAUCGAAUCCAAGCAGAUGUCACCGUUUGGACCUGACGUAGGUGGUUGCGCAGGAGAAAUCAAGGGAAGCUUUCAUGAAUGAUUCGGGUACAAACAGAGAGUCCUCCACCUCCAAGCCUGGUCAUCUAUCCUCAUCCUCAGAGGUUUAGCGUUCAUCCUGCCAUUUAUCCCAAAUAGAUACUGGGUAGGAACUGUAGAGCUGACCAGAGACUGUGGUCUUUUCACGCGCUUGGUGCAUGUCAUGCACUUUCCGACAUGGAGUAGUGGGUCUUCCCCUGUAGUGCUUGUGGGAUUGUGUAUGUCUGUAUUUGGAGGCAUCCGAUAGGAGAAAAUGCCUGAGGGGUUGUCCAUAUUGGCGUAAAUAAAAGCCUUGCGUGAUAGUCUGCUCAAUGCCAUGCAGAUUAUAAAAUAAUAUAUAUAACUGGGGCUCACCCAGUAAUAAUAAAAUCUCCAGGAGCAUAUUCAGUAGGGAGGUACAUUGGCACAGACAAAACAGGCCACUCAUAGGGCUGUAACAAUGACAGCCAGCUCAAAUAGCCAAUAUCAGGCAAGGUAAGGUACCAGGAUCUGUAAUAAUAUGAUGGGGGCUCACCCCCAGUAAUAUGGUAUAUAAAAUAGGCCAGUAAUAGUAGCAGACAGCAUGCGCUAGAGUAAAGGAUAUACAUAUCUUUAGUAACUGGGGCUCACCCAGUAAUAAUACAACCUCCACGAGGAUAUCCAGUAGGGAGGUACAGUGGCACAGACAAAGCAGGACAAUCAUAGGGCUGUAACAGUGACAGCCAGAUGAAAUAGCCAAUACCAGGCAAUGUAAAGUACCAGAAUGUGUAAUAAUAUGAUGGGGGGGCUCACCCCCAGUAAUAUAGUAUAGAAAAAUAGGCCAGUAAUAGUAGCAGACAGCAUGCGCUAGGGUAAAUAAUAUACAUAUCCCCAAUAACUGUGGCUCACCCAGUAAUAAUAAAACCUCCAGGAGAAUAUCCAGUAGGGAGGUAAAGUGGCACAGACAAAGCAGGCCAAUCAUAGGAGCUGUAACAGUGCCAGUCAGAUCCAAUAGCCAAAACCAGGUAAGGCAUAUCAAGAUAUGUAAUAAUAUGAUGGGGGGGUCACCCCCGGUAAAAUAGAAUAUAGGCCCGUAUAGUAGCAGACAGCAUCCGCUAGGGUAAAUUAUAUACAUAUCUGUAAUAACUGGGGCUCACCCAGUAAUAUUUGUCCAGAAUACAUUUCAGUAAUAGUAGUAGAUAGCAUAAGCUAGGGCACUCUUAGAAAUCAGGGGGCUCCCUCCAGAAGUCCAUAUAUAAUAAUAAAAAUAAUAAAAUAUAAUGAGAUGAGUUGUAAUAUGUAAUGUAGGGGCUCGCCCCCAACUCCCCAGUUGAUAUGAGGCAGUCUUCAUGAGAGGGGCUCACCCUCCAGUAUUAUGUACUGUGAUAAACUGUAACAAAACAAAUAACCUGUCAGGAAGCAGAAAACUACCCGUAUUGGUCUGUAAAUGGGAGGGGGCUCACCGUACAAUAAAGAAAUCGGUAAUAUAUACUUUAAUAGAUUGUAGUCAAAACAGAGAACUGACAGGAGGCAGAAUAAAUAUCAAUACUGCUCACUCUCUAAUAAUGAAAUUAGUAUCCAUAUCAGUGUAGGGCUGAGAGAAUGAAAGGGGCUCACCCUCUACUAAUGAAAAAUCUGAAUCAUGUAUUGACAUAAACUGUAGGGUAAACAGAUAAACUGAUAUGAAGCAGUCUAACUAUCAGCAUUGGGCUGAGCUUUGAUGGGGGCUCUCCCUCUAAUAAUGAAGCCGGUAUCGUGUACUGACCUAAGAUGUAAGGUAAACAAAAAAACUGACCGGCGUCGGUAUGAAAACAGGAUAGGGUUGUAUUUAUGAGAGGGUCACCCUCUAAUAGAGAAGCAGUAUCACGAGUCGAAUAAACUCGUAGUCUAAGAACAGAAAAAACAAUGGCUGCCGGGAUCUCGCGCCAGUGCGCGUGAUCCAAGAUGGCAGCCGGCUUCCUGAGGAAAAUGCUGGAGACGUUCUCCGCGGUCGUCGAGAACCCGGGAAAUCGGAGGAGGCCAGAGGUGAGGCCUCUCGAAGUCCCGAGCAGGGGAAAACAAGGUUCCAAAACAAAGCAUCAAAGAAACAAAAUAAUACAGAAAAGCAAAAUACGGCUGAAAUAAAGUUAAGUAUGUAGACAUGAGAGGGAAAAGUAUAAUGAAAGGAAAGAAUUAAAUAAAUAACAAGUUAAGGCAGACAGAAAAUUAUAACUAAAUAUACAUAAAUAUAGAUGAUGAAAACAAAAAGAAAUAUAAUAUGCAUAGUGACAGGAGUAAAAAGUCACCGUGUAUAUAGUGUAAAAUUUUUAUUUAGUACAGUGUACCCCUGCAGGGGUAGUAAUGAGAGGGUUAAACCAAGGAAUAACGGAGGCAGUGAAUCCAUAGACAGCUGCCUAAUGAACAGCACAGCACUCCUCUACAGUAAGUCCCCUGCAGCACCAGGGGUAGGAGGGAGAAAAAGAGGGUAAACAAGAAUAGAAAUAGUGACCAGAAAGUGCAUAAGAAUUAUAGGCAACUAUCGGCAAACUAUGCCAAUAAGUAUUAAUCAAUAAAAGUACAAGAGAUCAGUAAUAUAAAAUCCCACAGCAACUCACUAAAAGCAGGAGGCAGUGGUACUCUGACCUGUACUUAUGUGGAACAGCAAAGAAAGAGGAGGUUAUGUGUGGGGAGGGGAGUUUUAUUGUAUCUACCUUUUUUCUGAUUGGUUGUUUCUCUCUAUGUUAAUGUGCUGCUGUGGAGUUCUAGUAAAGGGAGACUUAAGCAAAUAUGAAGCCUCCUGUCAUGUUAUAAAAUUCCCAAUGAGACAUUGCAGUCAGAGGAGAAUAGACCAAGAACAGUGAUAGUGAUAAGGAUAAAAUUUAAAACAAACUGGAAGAAGUGUAUGAGACGGAGAAGCGAAAAAAAAACACGAUACGAAAUCAGACAAAGUAGGAAAGAUCAGGAGUAAGGGAAUAUUUAUGUUUUUGAUGUGCUGUGUGUACUUGAUAUGCAUUAGGAUUGGUGAACAUUAUAUAUAUGUUGGAUAGUUGUGUGUGUAGUUAAACUAUAAUUAUCCGUAUGCAAACAUUUUAUAUAUAAUAAUGCUACUUGAACGGUAAAUUGUAUGUCGUUUAAAGAUGAAUAAAGAAUAUAAAUAACAAAUAAAUAAAUGAAAGUGACACACAUUGAAGAGAAAAAAAAAGACUUGCAGAGAGGUAAACUGCAAAUAUAUGAGAGGUGGUAAAAAUAAACCAGUGAUAGGGAGGUUGAACGCAUAUGUAGGUACACAGUUUCAUCAAUUUCAGCAGAAAUGAUUGCUGCAAUCCAUUCAUUAGGCUACAGGAUUCCGGUGUAUAUCAUAUCAGACAGUCAACAUUCUAAUGACAUGAUCCAACAGUAAAUAGACAGUUAAAAGCAUUUUGUUCUUUUCAUUCUGCUAGAAAAGUAGCAGUCUCUUCCUGAACUAAAUUGCUCUUGUGUUUUUUUAGGGCCCAUAAAGAGGAUAAUAAUAGCUCUUAAGUUUCCUUCCCUCUGAGAUAAAGCUUUUCUGAUGUAUGUGAUUACUUUGUUGAGAUAUCAUUGAAUUACAGACUUUUAGUACCUUACAAUGGGACUGUCAUUUGUUCAAUUUUGGAGCAACCCAUUAGCUAACAGAAAGAUAAAGGUCACAGGCAAAAACACGGCGUUAUGGAAAUACCCCAGUGGACAUAUGUUCCUUGCAGAUGUCCAUGCAGGAACCAUAAAAUUAGCAGUAUGCUAAAGUGCUGCAGAGUGUAUGUUAAAAGGGACAUUUUGUGGCCUGGGUGCACUGUCACUUUUGCACAGCCACUAGGGGCACUUCCUGAAUUGAAACAGACCUUUAGUCCGGUAACUGACGCUGGAAUUGCUCACGCUCUGUAUGAGGACCUCCAGGGUCAGAUUUUUCCCCAUUGGAAAGCAUUGAAUCAAUGCUUUCUAUUGGUAGGUCUAAUGCGAUUGCAGCAUGCGCAUUAGACCUUGCUCGUCACAGGACUGAAAAGGGGGCAGAGCGUCGCCCCAGCUCUGAGGGACAUCAGCGCUGGGAAAAGGUAAGGGUUUUAAACCUUUAUUUUCUAGGGAGGGGGGAGGCAGGGGGAGCGGUAGUACCAGGAAUACAGCAUUGUAUUCCUGGCACUACAGUAUCCCUUUAAUCUACUUCUUAUCCAUCACCCCAGUAUACUCAUCAGUAGCAUUUAUUGGAGUAAAGGAUGGUUUCACUUUUAGAGACAUUUACCCUUUAAGUAGAAACCAAACUCAGUGGUUGGCCCACCUAUUAAAAAGUAGACUAGUAAUAUGAUAAAAUGCAAUUUAUUAUAUAACAAUUUUUUUCAUAACUAUAAGAAUGUGGUGAAUUAGUCACGUGAACUAAGGGUAUGAAAAUUGUGAUAUAAUUCUAAAAUAGCUGACUCCACAGUGAAAAACUCACAGAUCUGUAAUGUUAUUACAGCUAAUAUUGCGAUAACUUGGUUAGAUAACAUUAAAUUCAUCUGUGCGUCUUAUUGCUUUUAAUUGUUUUUUUAAAGGAAUUUUUAAUAGAGUUUGGCAAGUAAACUAUUUUCCAGUAAUAUUAAAGGUAUACAUCAGGAUAUGUUGCGACAAUUGCACACUUUGUGAUGGCUGAUGUACCCAGUGUUUGGUAUUUUAUGUCCUUAUAACUACAGGUAUAAAUGGUAACAAUGCUGUAGUUACAAAUGAUAAUAUGGUAACAAAAUAAGAAUAAAUUAGGUGGAGCAUCUUUAAUGAGCUUAUGUGUCAUCCACUCCAAAAUUAUUUAUCAAAGUAACGGGAAAGGUGUCCAUAGACUCAUGGCACCAUAAAUACUACAAUGAGCAACAAUAAAGUGGAUAUGUCACAUAGAACAGUGUUUUCCAAACCAGUGUUCAAGGUAGGUCAUAAAUUCCUGAUUUAGACAUUUUUCCUGUUCUGUGCCAAUGGAGAUAUGGGUAAAACCUAGACAGCUGAUGUACUUUGAAGACUGGGUUGAAAACUACUGGAAUAAAGUAGGGAUAUAACAGUUAUUAUUAUCAUUAUUGGCAUUUAUAUAGCGCUAACUUAUUCCACAGUGCUUUACUACAUUACAAAAGGGGGAAAUUUAACAAUACAUAAGACAGUUACAAAAUGUUAUAGGAACAAUAAGUUGAUGAGGACCCUGCUCAAAAAUAUUGCUCCAUUUUGGCAAAAGGUAGCAUUGGCCGUUAAGGGGAUAAACCACAUGGCUAGUCAUAAUUUGUUAAUAUACAUUUAUUAAAUAUAAUAUUAUUAUAAACAAAUUAUAUGUGUUAAUAAAGUACAAUAUAGGGCAAGCUCAACGGAUAAAUGUUUAUCUAAUCUAUUUUCUAUAUAAAUAAUCUGAGACCUCCAGGUAAUUACUGUCUUCUCAAAUAUUUGCUGCAUUCUUCUGAAGCUUAAGGGGACAUUAAACGCUACAAAUAUUUUUCAAAAUGCAUUUUUUUUUUUUUAUUAAUGCCCAUAAGCAUCAAAAGAAAACAAGCGUACUGCAUUGGGAACAAAUCAAUUUGUGUUUCCAAUGAUAUUGUAGGGUAUAGAGUAACCCAGUGUCUCAAUUAAAUGCUGCUCUGAACUCGCAAUUCUUUUCUUUUCCCAGUGAAACAAUGUUUAGCAUUAUUGCCCCAUUCAAAGAAACAACAAAAGGAUUUAAAAAAAAAAACCUUUAAAUGGAAUCAGACCGUUUAAGAACAGUUUGAUAUAAACUGAGAGUCUUCCAUCUCACCACAGGGGAGCACUAACAAGUCACAGCCCACCCCCCAGGCAAUUGGAGAUCAAUGGUUCCCAUCCUGGUGCAAGGAUUUUUCACUAAACAGACAAAGUUUCCUUCCUCUGCUUCACACACUUCAGCCCAGUUCUUUCACACAGAUGUCAUGAGCAUGCUGUCUAGCACCCAGAACCCCCCAAAUAUGGCCAGGUUCUCUAUUAAUUGAAUUGCUCAAUAAAACACUUUUUCUGGAUGGUAUAACUGUUGCUGUCUGCUCCGCUCCCCCAUUAAAAAAAAGAAUCAGGCAAAUGUAAUUGCACACUUGCACUGCGUUUGCUGGUGGGCUAGUAAAGAGUGUUGUGCAUGUACCUCUCGUGUUGUAUGCAUUUGGAGGCUGCUUGUUUGUUUAUAGUGGGGGCUGUUUCUGGUGUAGUGUGUGCAAAGUUGUCUGUUUGUGGGGUGCUGUGUGUGACUAGGGGCUGUAGCAUGUGUGUGCAUGUCUAAGGGCUGUAGAGAUUAUGUGUGUUUGUCUAGGUCUGUAAAGUGUGUAUGUGUGUGUGUUGGUAGGAGAUGUAGAAUAUGGGUAUCCAGGGACUGGAGAGUGUGUUUGUGUGGUGUGAGUGCAAUCCAGAUAGGUUUGCAAAAAGGUUAACUCUUUAAAGACUGAUCUGUUUAUUUAUAUUUCAAUCUGACUCAUCCAAAGUAAAAUCAUUCAAUAUUGAAGAGUGAGCUCUGAGCUUUGAACAAAGACUUAAAUAUCCACAAAAUAUGCAAAAUUACCAGUAAUAUUCAUUACCCUAAUUGGUUCUAAAUGUCAGCAUAAGGGAUGGUCCUAGAUAACAAAAAAAUCACCCAGUUACCAAAUAAAACAGUGAAAAUCAGCUGAAAACAGUCAAAACAAGGCUAGAACAUGGCAUGGUCCUAAAGGCUGGAGGCAGGCCAGGGAGCAAGGUAAGAGGAGCAAGAAUGUUACAGCAGCCACACUGGACCCCAGGGAAAGGAUCCACUGCAGCUCUCCCAAAGAUGGGGAAGCCGGGUGGACGUAAAUUAAAAGAAAACAAAUAAUAAUAAUUUGAACGGAUGCAUCUGUCAGUGGGUGUGGGUGUGUUUCUGUAUGUCAGUGAGUGUUUCUGUUUAGGUGACUAGCCCUCCUCUGAUUGCAUGGGGAAAGUGUUUUUACUCACAUUAUUUCUAUUGGCUGAGAUGAUCAAGAUUGAUGAUCUCAGCCAAUCCAAUGCUUUCCCAUAGGCUAUUACACAUGUGCUGCAAAAUUCUGUGCUGCGCCAUUAAGUUUCUCCUCAUAGAGAUGCAUUGAAUUAAUUCAUCUUUAUGUGCAGCAUUCAGCACAGCACCUGAAGACGCUGAAUGUAUGUGCUGCACACUUUAGUGAAAAAGGCAGUGUUUACAUUGAAAACCUGCAUGGACAGGAUAUAGUCACCAGAACCAGUUCAUUAAGCUGUAGUAGUUCUGGUGACCAUAGUGUCUCUUUUAAGAAUUUUAUUUUUAUCGUUAAAAAUAAAGCUUUGUUGGUUUAAAAAACAAACUGGCUCCUAACUUUUUUAGCUGGCUCCUAGAUUCAAAGCGAAUUUGUCAAGCCCUGCUAUAAGAGCAUUUUAGGAGAUGUAACAGACAACAUUUAGAGUUCCAAAGGCUGCCUAACCCUCGUAUAGAGUGUGUAGUGUAUAUGUGUGUAUUGGAGGUGCAUUUUGUAUACAGGGGUUGCACUAUGUAUUUAAAGAUAUUCACUCCCCUCGUCCACUUGUUACUUUGAAGGAAUGGGGAACAUUCUGAUCCCUGGUGGUCCUGUGGAGCUGACUAUUUGGUCUGCAACUCUACUGGGUACGCACCUCCACAUGAAUAACUUUCUCGAUAAUUCCAGCAUAUAUAGCAGUAUCAUAAUGUUAGCAGAGGUCAGAAUACAGCUACCCUGGUGGUGGUGCAGACCAGAGACUGCCAUACUCCAUUCCCCAACAUAAGAGUUGGAAAAAAGUUAUAUACCUGUGCAAUAUUAUAUUUAAAACGUAACACUAGCAGUGCUAUAGUUAUGUGCUGUAUUAUUUAGUGCAAAUUCACAAACAAAUUUUUAAAUCUGCAGCAACCAUUAAAAUCCUGUGAUGUAAAAGACCAACAAUAUAUAUCCAAGUGGUGGCAAGAAUUAUAAAGUAUACAUUCCCUAUAAAUUUUGUCAGUACACUUUAUGCUUUAUUGUUAGAUCCAUCCUGGCUAAGCAGACAAUAGUAAAAUAUUUUUAUUAUACUUAUUGUAAUUUUCUACUUUCCUGGAUAACCAUGAAAUCAUCACUUAUGGGUAAUUCCCAAGACAAAUCAGAAGGGAGGGACACACACACUCACUGCUCAAUUAUUUAUUAGAAGUUACAACCAUGAGAAUGACUUUCCCAAAAGAACUUGCCACGUCCAAUUUAUAAUGACUGAUAUAAGUCAAAGGAGAAGGCCAGGUAGUUGCCGUACAGUACAAACCUACUCCAGUGGAACCUCCGUAGCUGAAGCCCAGGAUGCAGCCAUCCCUCUGGUAGAGUAACUUUUCCUUGAGGAGUGUAGGACUUUGAGAUGGCAAGAUAAAUCCAGUGUGUUAAGGUAGGUUUGGAAACUACUUCACCCUUCAUAGAGCUCACAGGAAUAACAAACAGCUUAGAAGGUUUAUGAUAGACUUUAAAUCAUUCUAAAUAAAUUUGGAGACACCUUCUAACAUUGUGUUUCCUCUUCAGGGGAAGUAGGGGAGGCAAAAAAUGAAGGAAGACAAAAAUCUCGAAGGAUGUAAAAACAAGAUACAACCAUGGGCAGACAUUCUGGUUCAGGACAAAGAAUGGCUUUGUCUUUAUGUUAGAAUGGGUAAGGUUCCUCACAUGACAAAGUGUGUGUUGUAUAAGCAAUGGUUUCCAAAAAUACAAAAAACAGUCUUCAAAGUUAAGAAUAACUCCUGGAUCUCUUGAAGGGGUUCAAAAGGGGCUUUAGUAAGAGCUGUUAGGACCAACGGCAAGUCCCAAGGUUUAAAUAGUUGUUUUACAUAGGUUGAAUAUAAAGUACUGCCCUUAGCUAUAACUGGAUCCAAGGUCUAACGUAGACAAUAUCCCAGUUUAACCAUAACUGGAGGAAACUGAAACAGCUAACAUAUUAAUUGACUGUUGCUAUUUUAUUGUUGCAAAAGCUCUACUGAUACAAGUGUAUUUAUCUAGAGACAACAUUAUCCUAUUUGGAUCAGUCACAUUUAUUGUCAUUUUCAUUUGUAUGUUUGUCUAUAGAUUUCACUAUAUCACCAUACUACUUUUUCAAUAAGUUUUAACCAUUUAAUGCUAGGAAGCUACAUGUUGUUUUCUCUAUUUUGCGGUACAAACAGUAAAUAUUUAAAGGUAUAUACCACUUACUACUCCUGGAUUCAUAUUAGAUUUUUUCUAAUAUUUUUCUUUUAUUUGCACCAUUAGGGAUUUUUAGUGGAGUCCCUUUUUUUUUUCCAGUUGAGUGGUUCAUUCAAGCAAUACUAUAUACUCUAUUACUGAGAUUUAUUACAAAUCUCAACCCUUAACUUCAAGCAAUGUAAACACUGGCUUUUCUCCGAAAUUGAGAAGCCUAAAGGGACAGACUAUAGACACGAGAACCACUACAUUAAGCUGUAGUGGUUCUGGAGACUAUAGUGUCCAUUUAAGAAUCGUAUUUUUGUCGCUGAAAACUAAGCUUUGUUAGUUGAAUAAUCCAGGCUCUUUUUCAGUGGCUCCUAGAUUUCACGAAAAUUUGCCAAGCUCUGUAUUAAUGGAAUUUUGAAUGGCAGAUCAUAAUUCUGAAAUAUCCACUCACAAUUUAUAUAUUUCUUGGGAAUGGAAGGUCUGGAAAAGGGUGGCGGCAAAGUGACAAUGUUUUGAGCUAUGGCCUACAGCAUUCUUCUAUGAAUUAAAAUGGCAAGAUGUGUGUUAGGUUGUUUUUUGGCACAGUACGAGACAGCAGGCAGGAUUUGGACAGGAGCUUUGUCAGCUCAGCACCAUGCAGAUGUAUGCCUCCAAUCUCAUCACCACAUCCUGAAAUGUCCCACUGGAAUAUUCCUGACAGAAUGCAUUACCUUGGGAUGAAAAUGCUACCGGAUUAUGAAGGUGUUAUGCAAGUGACCACAGUGUGAGAUUAGAUAGUGCUCAUGGCAUUCAUUACACAAGCAGGUUGCCAUUGCAAUAAAGUUGCACAAUCAGAGUCUGUGUCAUUAAACAUUGCACAGAUCUCUCUCUCCACCAUACUGUGUAGAUCACACUGAUGGAUGUUUGAGGGAUAUAUGAUGUCACAUCUUUAUAUCAUGUCCCAGAACUACUGCAGCCUCUAUCUGUCAGAUCCAUACAUUGCAUGAUCCAUGUAAGUGACACCAUCCACACAGAGAUUAGUGUGAGCUACAAGAGGCCAUUUAUUUGUACCUGCCUCAAGGCUAAAGGUUAACAGCGGUUAAUUCUGGCCUCCAGUCAUGUGUUUCCUAAUGAGGUUACUGUUACAGCAAAAAGUUUGUUGAAAAGAUAUAAUUAAAAAUAUAUAUAUUAUGAGUUGUUUCUACAUGUUUAGAAGAAAACACUGUUAUUUUAUUAUAUUUUCCUAACAUUCCAGGACAUGCAGUAAAUAUUUCAUUACAAAACAUGGGCAAUAUUAUCUUUUUCUGUCCAUACUUCUUUUUGCUUAAUCUCCUCUCUAUCCAUCACCUAUCUCAUGUUUUCUCUUAUAUCUUAGGGUCUCACAUGACUACCCUAUCUCAAAUACUCUUUAAAAAAAAUAUAUUUUAUCCGUGAGAUUCUUAGAAAAAAUAAAUAAAUAUUUAUAUAUAUAUCAUCAUCAAAAAGUUAAGUUUUAUGUAUCACCACAUUUUUCGUUUUGAUUUUCAGUUCUUAGAGGGCUAGAACCCCUCGGUCUGAUGGUAGACCAACAGCGAUCUCUUGGUAAUGUAUGGGAGAUCCAUGUCUACCCAGUCUUAUUUUACAAAAAAAUAAUACCCUGUGGCUUAACGUGAAGCUUAAAAGUUUUGAAUUACAAACUUGGCCUCAUUUAUAUUUUGUAUGUUUAUUAUGUAAGGAAUAAUUGAUGACAGGCCCUUGAAUUAUCAGAAAAAUAAUUCACACCCGAGGUGGUAAUGCGGUCAUGACGCGAAGUGGAGUGGCCAUUACACCUCGGGUGUGCAUUAUUUUUCUGAUAAUUCAACGGCCUGGAGUCAAUUAUUCCGCUUAUGCUACAGUUACCACACCUCGAAACAUUGUUCAGAUGAUGUAUUUCAAGGCGUUUGUCAAGUUUUUGUCAUUAACACGCUCUUGUAUGUAGGACUAAUUUUUUGCUCAACUGCAAUGCGGUCAAGACCUGUCUGGAACUACUUUAGCCGUGCGUCUCCCUGAAAAUAAUGCACACCUUAGAACGUUCGUCAACCAAUCAGAUUGAAGCAUUCAACGGCCUUGUAGUAUAAAUGUAUAUAAUAUUAAUAGGUGUAUUUAACAUUUCACAAGUUACAGCUGGAAGGGAUACAAUGAUUGCAGAGGUUUUGUAGACAUUAGAGAAUGUAAAACAUGUCUUUAUUUGAGGAUACUCCUGCCUUUUAGAGUUUUCAAUCUGAGGGUGCAUUUGAGGUAUACACCCUCAGCAAGGAAUGGAAAGCACACAGGUAUUAUACUUAUAAACUAAUCUGAAGAAAAACAUGGUUUACAUGAUUAAAGAUCUUGCAAACCAAUUAGCAAGGUGAGGCAGCUGGUGAGGCAGAAAGGAUUUAGGAAUGAGAAAGAUACUGUAAGCAGCAUCCAGGCUUUAAAAAAAAAACCAACACUCUAAGAACAAUAACUACUACAGUGUAGUGGUUAUGGUACCAGUAGUGUCCUGGUUCCUCCCUCCCCCAUUUAGAAACUGUUUCACUUCUUACAUCAGGCCCAUUUGAUGCUGCUCCCUGCCUCCUCUCAGACUCCAGGAAAGCCAGAAGCUCCUGCUUGGAGCUUCCGUUAGCUCUUCUGGCUAAGCCUUGUGGUGCAGGGCCAGCUUAUUCACUGAUAGCAUCAACAGAUCACUCUCAGCCGAUAAGUUAAAUUCUGCAUCACCAAGUUGAGUUUAGCUAGAGAGCUUCUGGCACGGAUGGGUGCCUGGUGAAACCCGGGUAAGAAAUCAAACUGUUCUAAAACAGUUUCAUUACGUACUUUGGCUGGGCACCAGGGCACUUCUGAUUGGAGUGUUCUUUUACAGUUUAGGCACCAUAACAACUUUAUCAGAAUUAAGUUUGUUAUUGUGCCAGGAGGUCCCUAACGCUGGCUUACUUUACAGGGUUAAAGCAUUUGAGAACAGUUUAACCCCAAAGUCUUUGUUCAAGUGUCGAAUCUCCAGGCUUCUUUCCGUUUUCUAAAAAUCUCUAAACCGAAAGGCAUCCAGACGGACAGCGAAUGUUAACCCUUCAUAUUUCGGGGGAGACACCUCUAACUGAUAUACCUAUACCUCUCGUGAGUGCAAUUUUGAUGCAGGUUAUAGUGGUUAAAAUUACUUUACACUAUUGCAUAUUUCUCUUCUGUUUAUAGCUGUCUCCCCAUACUACUGGUUAUAUAUAGCAUUUAAAGAAAACUACUGGGAGAUUUCCUGGAGAAGCUAUUUAGACACAAAAAUUACAAGUUAAGUAUUGAUUGGUGAUGUGUGUGACACUAUAUUUGUGUACAUAUGUAUUAAACUAUAGGGCCAGGAAAAAAGAAGGAAGACCUAAUGUGCAUACGCGGCAAUGGCCGCGCUCUCAUUAUAUUUCCCCAAUAGGAAAGCAUGUAAAAUGCUUUGCUAUUGGGCUUACAUGACUCUGCAUAGAUUGCUGUAGUGGUUAUGGUGCCAGGAAUGUCUGGCAUCCGCUCAUUGUAAGGAGGCAAAACAUUUUUUGAGUGGUUUGACUUCUUACCUGGGUUGUGACGGGCCCUGCUCCCUGGCUCCACUACUAUAAACCCUACAAAAUUAUUUUCUGAGAGCGAUCAGGGCUUAGUUCAGGAUAUCAAACAGAAGUUGCUGAUUAGGAAGUAUCAAUGGUAUUAGAGUUGAGGAGUGGUGCUGGGGGGAACCCCAGGUAGGAGAUCAAACUGUAAAAAAAGGGCUUGACUUCUUCUUCUUUUUUUUUUUGUAUGACUCACAACAGCCUUUAAAGGAGGAAGCAGUGAGGGAUUUGAUAGUAAUUUUCACUGACUGCUGCAUGGUGUGUUAAUUCAGUAAGAAAGGUCGAUGCAAGUGAUAUUUAACCAGUGACAGUGCCCUAAGCUGUGUAGUAAUGAAUCAGCACUUCUUUAGUUUCCACAGAUAGCAAGUUCCCAGAUAAGGGCAUCAUUAUUAUUAGGCUUGCUGCUGGUGUGGCUACACUUGCAUAACUGCUCUGUAAUGUUUGUUUGGGUUAACAUGACACAGUCACUAUGACAAUGCUGCCACUAGCAGGAUGGUAUGUGCCAAAUGAGCUUCUAAAUACAGUCUCUCACUAGCUCCUGCCAUGCAUAUUUUGUUUCCACUUCUCUAAAUCUGCCCAGACAACAUCCAGUGUUAAUUCCCCCUUUUCUUCAUUGAGAUCUGCUCAGAACCCUGUAUUCAUCCCCAAGAGUUCCAUGGAAUAUUAUGAUACCUAUGUAACAUUAAUUUGGGUAAUCACAGGCAAAGAAACUACUAGCUGAUCUCUGGAAGUCAUCACCUGCGUGUACCAGCAUAAAAUCCAUGUUGCGACAGUAUCUAGAGAUGCUCUCUCCAAAAAGAAAAUUGGGCGAAAGGUCUCAUGACCUGUUAGUACGUCCAUAUCUGAUGCCAUUCACUCCAUCCCCUGGCAUGGAGUGUUGCUGUGUCACUGUUACCCAGAUCAAGGCAUAAUGCAGGUGAAAGGGGAGGGAUUGGUUGAACACCUGCAGGCGUGUCCUGGGGAGGGUGGAAAAGAGUUUCCACUAAACAGGCAGGUAGAUCGAGAGAGGAAACAGCCAGCAGUAUCUGCCCAGCUCUGUGCCCAGGAGAUGCAACAAAGACAAGGAAACGAAUUAGUAUAACAAUUGGUAAGUACUUGGGAGGGAGAGUGGGUCAGACUGUUACUGAGUGAUUGCACCCCUGACGUUAGGUGAUCAUUAACUGUUUUAGAAGAUUAUCUUUCUGGGAUUAAAUAUGCGAUCUGUACCUAUCAGCAGGUAGCCAGAGACUUGUUAUGACUCUGCCUUGGGGAUUAUUCACUAAACAUCGAGUUGUGAGUGAAUGGAAAACUUUAUCUCCACUAUUUGGUUUUAAAUAGCUACAAAAAUGUCUGUGAUAUCAUUUUUUUUUAAGUGUGAGUAAUAGAACAAUAUUCACAUUUUCUGGCAUAAUGUGUCUGACAACAUACAUCUAUACUUAUGCACACAUACAAACACAUACCUGAUAAUUUCAUGUUAGAUAAUGGGAUCUAUGUCUGUCAAAAUGUGUAUUCCUCAUACAAAGUAUAAAAUUAAAAAAUCAAUAAUCAAUGAAGUGCACCUGAUAAAUUCUGUUUAUUUUUUGCAAUGCUUAUCUGUAACUCCUGAUGAAGCUUAUUUAGAGCUGAAACAUUAGAGGUAGAAUUAACGUAUUUGUUUUUUUGUUGUUGUUAUUGACCCCUUCUUCAUUGGAUUGUGUCUGUUAGUAACAUUUGUUCCGUUCUGUGACAAAUAAAGGAAGGAGGGUUACAAGGAUAACAGAGGAGCAAACAUGGGGGAUUAAGGAAGAAGGAGGGAGAAAACACAAAAGAUUUUGCGACAAAGGAAUUAAGCGGAGGGAGAGAGGAGAAGAAAGGUGUAAAAAGAAGUAUAGCUUGGAGGAAAGACGAGACAGGGGGGAUAUGAUAGAAACAUUUAAAUAUAUAAAGGGAAUCAACACAGUAAAGGAGGAGACUAUAUUUAAAAGAAGAAAAACUACCACAACAAGAGGACAUAGUCUUAAAUUAGAGGGCAAAGGUUUAAAAAUAAUAUCAGGAAGUAUUACUUUACUGAGAGGGUAGUGGAUGCAUGGAAAAGCCUUCCAGCUGAAGUGGUAGAGGUUAACACAGUAGAGGAGUUUAAGCAUGCGUGGGAUAGGCAUAAGGCUAUCCUAACUAUAAGAUAAGACUAGGGACUAAUGAAAGUAUUUAGAAAAUUGGGCAGACUAGAUGGGCCGAAUGGUUCUUAUCUGCCGUCACAUUCUAUGUUUCUAUAAGGCAGUGUUAAAAGAAAUUGUGAGAAAAGGUGAAAGAUUGAGAUAGAAAGAACAAGAGACAAGGACACAAAUAAAGGACAGUAGGGAUCGACCAAUAUUGAUAUUCGGUGACCUUUCAGGCCGAUAACCGAUAACUGUUGCCAAUAUUCUUCCCCGCUCUCUGCCUUUUACCUGUGGCCAGGGAGGGGGGCAUUACACUCCAUGUUGGUAUAGUGGCUUUUUAUUCCCCCUUCCUGCCUUUUACCUGUGGCCAGGGAGGGAUACGCUACACUCCCUGGUGGUCCAGUUUUUUUUUUUAUCCACUCUCCCUGCCCGUAUUAUUAGUUACUUGUGUAGUACUCACAUUGUAGAUGGGCCUAUAAUGAUACCGAUAUUGCCGAUAAUGCCUGCGGCAGCCGGGACCCUGUGCACACUAUCUUUUGUUUCCAUCAGGACCUCUCUCCAUCUCUCAAAAGCCUGGUGUGUUACUCUUGAGAGUAGGAGAGAGGCGCUGAAGAGGCAUGCACAGUUUCCCGGCUGCCGCAGGCAUUAUCGCCAAAUAUCAGUAUCAUUAUAGGCAGUUACCGAUAUUGCUUUAAAUGGUGAAUAUUGCCCGAUAAUAUUGUUCAGAACGGUAAUCGGUCGAUCCCUAAUAUACAGUGCUGGAGUCGCGAUUGUAGCUGUAUUAGUCCAGUGAUUCAGAUGAAAAUUAACAGUUGAAAUUAGUAUCUCAUAAUACCCUUUGUAUUUGGGAAUGACUAUAUUUUUUUGAGAGAUCCUCAAUUUCUCAAGCACGUCUGAGCAAAAACAACACACAGAACUAAAGGUUAAGUUGUGGUACAGGGCGUAAAGCCUCAUGAGUUCAGAUAACACAGGUCUGAUAGAAAAAACAAACAACCCCCCUUACCUCUCCCCCCCCCCAAAAAAAAAUACAUUUUUGAAGGGUGAGAGUUUAAAAAAAAAAUACACAGAGUAAGAAUGCAUGUACUCACAUUAAAGAAUCCAGAAUAUGCAUGAAGGUAUAUGUAAAACCAGCACAUACAUAUACAAAUAAACAAACAAACAUAUAUUCAUACCUACAUACAUAUACAUAUGCACGCAUACAUUCAUACAUAUAAAUACACUCAUAUACACACACACACACAUAUAUAUAUAUAUAUACACACGCACAUUUGGGCAUACACCCAUACAUAAACACCUAUACAUAUACAUUGCAGAGAGAUAAUUGUGGGACAAAACAUUAAAAAUAUUAUUUUGUGAAAAUAUUCAAUAAUAUGAAUAAAUUCAUAAUUUUAGUAAAAUUUAAAAAUCUUAAUUAUUAAUAAUAUGGAUAUUAAUGUGGCAAUAUUGGUUAUAGAAACAUGCAUACAAUUUUUAUUUAAAGAGAUACCUUCUUUUAUGUCUCUGACCCUAAAUUCUUGUAGUUCUAUCUAAUUUUUAAUUCAAUACUAUAUAACAUUCAAUACUAUAUGAUUUAAAAUAUAAUUUAUUGUGACAACAACAAUCUAUACGAUAGUAACAUAAUCAAUGAUCAAACAAUACUUAACAAAGAAAAUUGCUUCAAGGAUGUUAGAAUAUAAUUUCCAGAGUAGAAAAUGAAAUUUGGAUAAUGAGAAAUUUAGUUACUGGCUCAAAGAAUGUAUCACCAACCAAUGCAACAACUCAACAUAACAUGUUGAAUUAACAUUUAAUAUUCUUGACCAUGAACUGACAUGGUAUAACAUUACAAUAUCUUAUGCAAUAAAGAAGCAGAAACCACAUUUGCUGCUUCUACAAAAUAUAAAUGACUUGUUUAGACAAUCUCUAAUAACCAACUAUUUCCACAAAUGUAUGCAAACCAAAUUAACUGGGCAGCUAAACUACUAAACUUUAUAGUUUGCCAGAAUCAAUAAAAUCUGUUUGUUUACUUUCUUAGUUAAAGUGGUCGAAGUGUUUCGAAGUUGUAAAUUGAAUUAGGCCAUUAUCUAAUAAGGCAUUUGGGUGUCAAUGAACAAUUUGUCUUCUCAACUUUUCUCAAUGUCAGAUUUUCUUCCCCACUAUUUGGUUUUAAAUAGCUACAAAAAUGUCUGUGAUAUACUUUUUGUAAGUGUGACCUGCAGUGUGAGUAAUAGAACGAUAUUCAUAUUUUCUGGCAUAAUAUGUCUGACAACAUACUAUACCUAUGUGCACAUACAAACACAUAUACUUACAUAUACAUAUGCUCACGUAUAUACAUAUAUAUAUAUAUAUAUAUAUAUGUACAGUAAGGGUGGUGGGGGUAGGGGGUUUUGCUUUCACCCAACUGCCCCUUCAAACCUCUAGCCACCCCUUCGCUUUCUUUCUCUUCAUUUGAAGUUCACUCGAUUCACCUUUUGGAACCCAUCUUUGCGUACAGUGGUGCAUUGUCACCACUCCCUUAAAAAUACUACUGUUGCACAUAUCCUUAAAAAGCCAUCUCUUGACCCGUCUUUACUUUCUAACUACCAUUCAAUUUCUAUACUCGUAAUCCUUUCUCCUCAAAGCUUCUAGAACGACUUGUUUUCAAACAUUUAACAUGCAUUCUCAACAUCAACGCUUUCCCUGACCCCUUGAAUUUUGCUUCUGUCCUCCUCGUUCUACGGUGACUACUCUGAUUAAAGUAACUAAUGAUUUAACUAAUGAGGCUAAAUACUCAAUACUAAUUUGUCUAGACGUCUAUGCUUCUCCUGUCUGUUGAUCAUGCUCUCCUUCGGCAAAUUCUACACUCCCUCGAUCUCUGUGACACUGUCCUUUCAUGGUUCCUGUCCUAUCUCUCCCUUUUGGUUUCUCUUGACACUGCUUCUCUUGGAAAACGUAUUAACUCCUUUGGAUUCUGCUGCCACCUGUAUGCUGAUGACACCAAGUUAUAUCUCUUCUCCCCUGCUGGUCUAGAGUGUGUCACCAAUUGCAUCUGUGAUUGGAUGUCCUCACACUUUCUAAAACUCAAUAUCUUUAACACUGAGCCUCUUAUCUUUCCUCCUCAUAAUACCAAUACUCCUCUUUUUCACUCUCCCUUCAAGUUGAUGGUAUGUGCAUCAGCUCAUCGUUGCAAGCGCACUCGCUUGGCGUUAUCUAUGAUUCUGGCCUCACCUUUGCACCACACAUCCCGUCUUGUUACCAAAUGCUGCCAAUCCCCCCUUAAAAACAUUGCCUGCAUCCACAUAUUUCUUACGUAAGAUUAGGCGCCUUAUAGGAAGCGCCGGCCCUGCCUGUCCUGUGAAACCACUGUAUGAUCUUGCCCACCAUUCUGCAGCUCAGUUUUAGGGUCCUGGCAAUCUUCUUAUAACCUAGGCCAUCUUUAUGUAGAGCAACAAAUCUUUUUUUUUAGAUCCUCAGAGAGUUCUUUGAGCCAUGAGGUGCCAUGUUGAACUUCCAGUGACCAGUAUGAGACAGUGUGAGAACGAUAACACCAAAUUUAACACACCUGCUCCCCAUUCACACAUGAGACCUUGCAACACUAAAGAGUCACAUGACACUGGGGAGGGAAAAUGGCUAAUUGGGCCCAAUUUAGACAUUUCGACUUAGCGGUGUACUCACUUUUGUUGGCAUCAGUUUAGACAUUAAUGGCUGUGUGUUGAGUUAUUUUGAGGGGACAGCACAUUUACAUUGUUAUACAGGCUGUACACUUACUACUUUACAUUGUAGCAGAGUGUCAUUUCUUCAAUGUUGUCACAUGAAAAGAUAUAAUAAAAUAUUUACAAAAAUGUGAGGGGUGUACUCACUUUUAUGAGAUACUGUUUAUAUUCAGAUUUGAAUUCUCCGUGUCGUCUUUGCUCAGAAAUGCUUUAGACUUGAGAAAGGGAGCUUCUCCUGAAAGCUUGUCAUUUACAAAAUUCUGUUAGUCCAGUAAAAAAGGUAUUAAAAGAUACCAAUUUUAUUUAUUUUUUGCAUCUGCAUCACUGGACUAAUACGGCUACAAUCUCCACACACACACACACAUAUAUAUAUAUAUAUAUAUAUACAUUAUUAUUAUUAUUAUUACUGGUAUUUAUAUAGCGCCAGCAUAGACCGUAUCGCUUUACAAUAUUAUCAAAGGGGGAGAUUUAACAAUAAAUGAGACAGUUACAAAAACUUACAGGAACAAUAGGUUGAAGAGGGCCCUGCUCAAAUGAGCUUAGUCUAUAGCAGGGGUAGGCAACCUUUUAGCAGCACUGUGCCGAUAUAGGAUUGUGAUGUCCCGUAGCGUGCCGGUCCUAUUUUUUUAAUCUAGCAGUGUGGGUGGCUUUCCUGGGUUCCAGGCUGGCCAGGUACAGGUCAAGGACAGGAGCUGCAACAGCAACUACAGGCUGCUCUACUACAGUGUGGAUUCACAUUCACAAGUGCUGGGAGGAAGUGAUCUGAGAUCACUUACUCUAUGUGCUGCAAUGCAUAAAUUCGUAUUAGCAGAUAUCUGAAGUUUCACUGGGACUCUUGAUAGGCCAGUGCCUGUUUGGCUCUAGCAGCCCUGAGUGCCGUACAAAGACACCUUGAGUGCCAUGCAUGGCACUAGUGCCGUAGGUUGCCUACCCCUGGUCUAUAGGAUAUAUAUAUAUAUAUAUAUAUAUAUAUAUAUAUCUAUGCAUACCUACAUAAACAUAUACCUACAUAUAUAGAUAGGGGCACACACACACAGGCCUACACAUAUUUGAGUAUGUCUAUACAUUACUAUAUUUGCACUCUGUGAUCCUACACAGAAUAUUUAUGACCCACUGUAAGAAUGGUAUCUGUUUUCUAUCAGAUAUGUGUACUAUCUGCACUCGCUUUAAGCCCGACUAUGAGAUCUAUGUGCUGUGUUUGUUCAGAAAUGCUCUUCUAAAAGCAUGGCCACGGGGCAGAGGAUAGAGUAAAUCUGUUCCUGUAUGUGUGUGUAUAUAUAUAUAUAUAUAUAUAUAUAUAUAUAUACACACACACACACACACACACACACACACACACACACACACACACCUUUUCAGAUUUACAGUCAGUGUUAACUUUUGUACAUUUUUAUUUAACUUGUAACCUGUCAGUAAAUGCUUCAGGGACAUUUUUCUGUAAUGUAGGAAGACAGAGCAGUCACCAACUGUUGACAGCUCCACUUUAACAAGACAGACACCUGCAUUUAUAGGCAAGCAUUAGAGAAAGCUGUUACACGGCAGGUGCAUUAUUGUUAGCGUUGGAAUUGUAUAAUGGUUUUAUGUCUGUUUGUAAUCUAGUUUGAAAAAAGACUUGCACAAACAUUCACACAUCUCUUUUACAGCUAUUGAAGUCAAAACAACGAAUUUCUCGAUAAUCCUAAAAAUCCUGCGAAAUUCUAAUAUUUAGGUGUGUUCAUAUCAAAAAACCUUUCCCAUCUAUAUGAAGUAAACAUCUUUGCUCUUGUAGUCAAUUUAUCAAGACUUUGACUGUUGGAAUAUUUCCUCUGUCAUUCAUAGUUGGACACAUCCAUAUAAAUGAAUUUGAUUUCCUAAACUCUUGUAUACCCUGAAGAUUUAGUUUUUUGUUUUGUUUUAUUUUGUUAUCAAUUUUUUAUGAAAAAACUCUCAAAAAACUUAUGUUCACCUCAGUCUGACCAAACUUUUCCAAAUUAAGCAUCUAUGGGUCUAAAUAUACUUGAUGUUAUGGACUACAAUGUAGCAGCCGAAACAACUGACUGGGCCACGUCAUGAUGCACUGCCUACACUACUGUUUGGUCCUUAGUCAUUACUGGAGACUGCCAAUAAACUCUUACUUCCCUUCUCCAUAACAGCCUAUCAAUUGCCCAGACUAACACUGGGAGCCCCAAGAUUAUCAUUGAGGACCAUUGGGAACAUACUGAACAUGUACAACAAUUGCCAUGGUCAUCCAAUCGCAUACCGCUCAUAGAGAAACAAUCAACCCAACACUGUAGUGACUUUGAUUUAUUUAAAGACUUCAUAAGGCUCUGCCUGUGGUGGAUAUCUGAUUGACAGACACGAGAGGCAUUCUGGCUGACAAACAGGGUCUAAGCACCAAAACUAGAACAAUUAAGAUGCAUUGGUUUUGGCACUUAGUGUCUCUUUAAAACUCUUCCACUGGAAUCCCUGAAAGAACCAGACAUAAACAACAGUUCCAAAGAAACUUUGAGUUACAUUCUUUAUUUUUAAACAGGAACUAGCCUAUAAGAGCUUUGUAUUUAUAAAAAACAACACAAGAAAAUAUUACUGUCACAAGAAAAAAGAGAGUUAGAGGAACAAAGAUUAAAAAAGCAAAGUACUCUGCCUGCAUUACCACAAUAUGCAAAUAUAUACAAAUAUAACCACAUCUCACAGAGCACAUAAUUGUGAAAUGAAACAUUCCGUCGACAGAUAACUCCUCUCUUACGACCUCAAGUGUAGGUUAAUGAGGGAGUUUCUCAGUUAUUCCCAAUAACAUAAAAGAAGAGGUGAAUUUAUAAAAGUGCUGAUUUCUGCAACUUCACAAAAUAACCUCUAAAGGGGGGUUCUCCAAACCCUGCCUCUCCAGAUGUUGCUAAACUACAACUUCCAUGAUUCUUUGAAUGAAAUAGAUGGCAGAGAAUCAUGGGAGUUGUAGUUCAGAAACAUCUGGAUGACCAGAGUUCGGAGAACCCUGCUCUAAAGCAAGAUGAAGUGCUUUAGCAGGCUGAAAUGAAGGGGGCACCACUGAGCAGUGGCCAGGAAGGCAGUUUGUUUUUAUCUUGUAGCCCGGCAGCAAGUUAACAGCAAAGCUGCCUUGGUGUGGUGAUGAAAGCUGGCAUCAUGAGGUUUGCACCUCUGGUGGGUGCAGACCUCAUUAAUGGCUCUCUUGUAAUCCGGUACUCUCUAUAAAUCAGAGCGCAGAUGCUGGAUGUUUCAAAUUUGUGCUCUGACUUGCUGAGGGAGUGAUUACUGAAGUCUCCAUCUGCUGCUCCAUCAUGGACUCAAGACCCCCGCUAGUCCAACAAGCAAAGUUAGUCCCUGCUGGAUCGCCACAGAGUAUUUCACACUUAAUACAUUGAAUUUAAUCUGCCAUUUGAGUACCCAGUCCUCCAAUCUGUUUAAUCCCUCUGCUGUAAAUGAUAGCCUGCUCACAGUAUGUUACUUUGCAGUGUUUUGUGUCAUCUGCAAACACUGAAACAUUUAAUUCCUAUUUCAAGGUCAUUUAUAAAUAUGUUAAACAGAAGCGGUCGCAGAACAAAACCUAGAGGGACAUUACUUACCACUUUUGUCCAGCUUGAAAAUGUACGAUUAAUGACAACUCUCUGUAGCCAAUGUUCUACCCAAGAACAAGAAUUUUCAUCUAGACCAAUUUCUUUUAGUUUGAACAUAAUCCAAGUAGAUCACUUCUACUGCAACACUCUAUACUUCUACUUACUUCUUUGCAAUUAAGUUAGCUUGACAUGACCUAUGUUUCAUAAAACCUUGCUGAUUUUUGCUAAUAACAUUGUUCUCCCCAUAAUAUCCCUUCAAAUAUUUUCCCAGCCACAGAUGUUAAGCUCACAGGUAUUUCAUUUUGUUUUGAAUAUUUUUAUUGGUGUCACAAAAAAGCAUGAGCAGGCAUAGUACAGGGAAAUAGAUGUACUAUAUGGUUGCCUGCGCAGAGGCAUAAAAGUCAGAAUAAACAAGCAUUUAAGUAAAUUCAAUCAAGCAUGCAGUACGGUAAUCAUAUAUUGUAAUCGUAUUAUAUGAGGCAGGCGUAUCGAUGCGAUGAAAUAUCCUAUCUAUUAACAUUAUGACAGCGGCCAAUUGAUCACAAAAUAAGCAUGCCACGAAGUGAGUGCAUAAUCAUCAGAGCUGAUAGCCUAUAUAUGUGCCUCAAUGAGCACGGUUAUUUCUAUGUUUAGAUUUAAGCAUAUUGGUAUACGUCGUAUAAUGCGAUUGCUUGAUUAUUUAGGUAAACUAUAAUGGAUAGCCUAUUCAUUCUGAAGUUGAUGUGAAGAGUCACUUAAGUAUAUGUCAAUUAAGCAGUGACGUAAAAAGCUUAUUGCGUAAGCAAUUAACAAAUAAACUUUAGCCCCUGUAGGGGCAUUUUAGUAUUUCUUAGCAAAACAAUUUGUGCAAUUUCUGCUUGGAACUAGACAACUGAAACAUAGUAUCUAUGUGACAGAGUGAGAAAAUGUUCGCAUCAAUCAUGAAUUUAAAAAAUGUGCAAAGACAAAACUUUCAGCAUGUGUAGCCUUAUACGUAGUUAAAUAAACAAGUAAUGAAGUAAAAUAAAUGUACAUAAACGUUGCGGGAUUGGUUAUAUCGUGGGUGUUUAGCGGGUAUAAGAACGCAUUGUGUGGGCUUUAUAUUCAUCUGAGCAAUACCUAAGCUUAUGAGGCUUAUGAGAGUUAUGUUGGCCUGGUAGCAUGGGUCAAUUCACUAAAUCUAGCGUGGGUGCAGUGCAACAGUGCCUGAUUAAUUCUAGGCUGAUGCGUCGGGAGAAUUUUCGCUAGGAUCAACUAAGGGCUCCAUAUUUUACUACUCGGUUAGGGUUCGCCCAACUAAACAUGCCAGCGACACUCAAACAAGCAGUUAUGCAGUACAGGUGGAGAAAAAUAAAAUAAAAUUAAAAAUAUGAAAACAAACCCAAAGGGGAGCAGUUAAAGUUAAUUGAGAACUUUAACGCCUUUAACGGUUACGGGGCUGGUUUGUCCUUAAGAUCAGUUCACUGAGGGCCGCUCAUUUCACAGCUGCCUUGCCGUUCUUGGGCCGCUGAGUCUCUGUCUGUCCUCCCCGCAACAACCCCAGUCCGUCUCCAGGUGCUUUGUGGGCACUCGGGAGCAGGGGCUGUCCAUACGACUCCCACACCUAGAGUCCACGGGCCCCCCUCUCCCUGCACCUCCCUAUUACCACCCAAGAUCCAGGACUCAGAGUGAUACCUGCUGUCUCACCCGGUGCCGGCCACUUGCUUGGAGGGCCGUGCAGGCCUGCCCCACCGGGCUCACGGCUUCAGGGACAUGGCCCUCUGGGGACCCCACAUACCCAGGGGCUAGCGCACCGACUCCUCUAGCGGGCGGGUAGUCAUCACGGGGGAUCUAUCCAGCGCUUAGCUGUGCCCAAGUCUGCACGGGCCGUCCAGUACAGCCCUCAAUAGUUGGCGCUCUCCACAUUUACCCCUCUGAUGUUGCAGUGAUGCCUUUAAGGAGUGCUCUUGCCGGUUAUGGGGCUAUCUCUGUGUGGGGCCAAGCCUUCUUGCUCCCGAUCUGAGUGCCUCCUUGGGUGUUUCAGCCCCUCCGCGGGCACCUCUGAUGUUGCUGGCUGGCUGAGUUUCAUGCAGCCGGUGCCAGUGCAGGCGGUCGGCAUCCGAACCACGUGGGGCCCGUACCUCCACCUGGAAGCCAGGAUAUCACCCGCCGGCCAAAAGGGGGGGGCAAGGCCGUGCCCCGGGCCGAGUAUCUCCCCCUGUCGAGGUGUCUAUAGCGGGAUGCCUCGAUUCUCUGCUCCACAGCACUGUGCUGCCUGUAAUGGCCGCUGGUAUUCUGGCGCUCUGCCUCGUGUAGGCCGGGCCCAGCCCUCUCUACUUGCCUGGCUUGCCGUGGGCAUUGUGCAGGUAUCGGGGAUAAGCUGGUGCCGUUCUCUGUUCGGAUCUGGCGAAAUAUUGUAUAUUUAGGUGGUCUGGGGCGAUUGUUUUAGUGCCUUUUUUAUCAGCUUAGUGCAGGAGCUCAUGUUAAUGGCAUCCAAUUGGCCCGGCGGCCCGGCCCCGCUCCGGUCUUCCAUUUUAAAACCUUUUUGAACAUAGAAACCACAUCUGGCUUCAUUCAAUCCUUUAUCAGAAACCACAUCUAGAUUCAUCACUUAUUUACACACUUAACUUCUUAAGCACUCAUGGGUGAAUACCGUCAGGCCCUGGAGUUUGUUUAAAUUAACUUUUUUUAUUUGCUGCUGCACCUGUUCUAAAAGAUGGGUGUCAAAUGUAUGAAGAGUGACAGUGAAGGGAGCAAUUUCAGUGCUUACUGCAAGAGCUAUUUUCAGUACAUACACCUCUGUCUUUAAAACAGUGGUAUAAUAAACACCCUCACUCCUCUACACUGCUGCUCAUGUUGCACACAAGAAAAUGGCCAUCAUUCGUUUUACUCACCAAAUAACCAUUUGUAUUAGCCAUAUGUUUUUAUUAAGCAUUCCAAACCCACUUUGCCGUUUUAAACAAGUAGGUACAAGCCUUGGUGGAUCAUGUAGUAUGUGAUGCAAGAAAAGUAAAAAAUAAAUGAAAAAAGAGGCUAGAAAUAUGCCACUGUGUUGUAGUACAGGUUUAAAGAAAAUAGAACGGAGUAUGUGGGUAAUUAACAAAAGAUAAAAAUAAAUCGGCAGCAACCCACACUGAGUAAUACAAAACCAAGGUAGUAACUGCAAAAAGGGUGGUCCAAAUUACUCACAAUAAUAUUAAGCUGUAUUGUAAAUCUAUAUUCUAACUUUUAAUUAUAACUCUCAUUAAUAUGACACACAUGAAAUACAGUUCUGCAUUUGCUUUUAUUAAUGGGAAUUGCCCUUUUAUGUGUCAUAUUAAUGAGAGUUAUAAUUAAAAGUUUGGAUAUAUUUUCACAGUACAGCUUAAUAUUUUUGUGAGCAAUUUGGCGCACCCUUUUUUUCAGUUCCUCCCUUGACAUUUUAAAGAAAAUAGACUUGAAAACAUAGCAAAUUACGUUUCUAUCUGUAAUAAUCUGGUGUGUUUUCUUUAUCAAGUACAAUAAAGUUAUCUAUAAAAUUAAAUUAAGACAAGGGUUAUGCUUCAAAAGAUGUUAUGACAGGCAGUCUUCUUCACUCAUUAUAGAAGUUGAAAGACAGUCCGAGUCCCUUAAAAAAGUUGCCAGAGUCAACUAUCAAAAAGAGAGUGCCUAUAAACUGAACUGCAAUGGAACUACCUAGGAACCGCUUUUCAUAAAUCUUGGGGUUGCAGAAUUUUUGUUUUCACAGCCAUAUACUGCCUAUCUAAGAGGACCUCAAAAGAUUAGUCUUAAAAAAUAGAAUUCAGAGAAAGUCACUCCACAGGCUGCCACAAUAGGAGGGUCCUUCUAAGUGGAGGUUUGUUCUUGCGCUGUUGGGGUAAACCAGAAUAUUUUUUCAGGUACUCCUCGUAUUAGCAUGUUACAGCAUCUGUGUUGAGACUACAAGGAAUGAACAGACCGAGUCAGCCAUUUUCCCUGUACUUGUAGUGUUGUCGUAGAAUGUCACCAGUGGUUAUCGAGCAAAACGGCUCCUUUUACAUUGAUUUAGUAAAACAUGAAAUUCUGUUUUAACCAUUACUUUUAAUACAGGAUAACAAUAGACUAGUCUUUGUAGCUGCAGACUGACAUUGUACACUGUUGACAAGUCCGUUGUCUAUAAUUAUAUCUGGAUCUUUCUCAUUUAAUGAUUUCCCUAGCAAUAUCCCAUUAUAUAUCGAUUUGCACGUUUAUUUUUCUUCCCAAAUGUAUCAAGAUUUGAUCUAUUUCUAAACACAUCCGUCACUUGUUUGAGCAGUCUUACAGAUUACCCUACCUAUUUUUUUUUUUGUCAAAUCCAAACACAUGUAGUUACUAAUAUCCCAGGCAAGAUUAUUAAUUAAUAAAUUAAAGAGAAGGUAAAGUCAUUGUCUGUUUAAUUAACCUUGAGACAUCACCUAUACAAAGAACAUAUCUUCUUCCUGUGCAGGGUAUAUACUGCUAGAUCAAUAAAAGCUGGAACUAUGGAAACCGUUGAUGGGAAGUGGUCAUGGGUGGUGCUUGCUGCUGUUAUCAUGACGCAUGGGAUGACACUGGGAUUUCCUUCCUGCAUCGGAGUGUACUAUACGGACCUCCAGACUUCCUUUCAGGCCUCGAACACAGAGACUUCCUGGUUUCCUUCCAUUAUUAUGGCCGUUCUACAUGCAGGAGGUUAGUAUCUUCUUUGUUUGUCUUGCACUCGGUGUAACCUGGCCCCAUUACCAAUGGGCAUUAUAUUUAAAUGAAAAUCAUUUAAAUUAGUUUUGUUAAAGGGACACUCCAAAUGCCAUAACCACUACACCGUAAUUACUCUGUAGUGGUUAUGGUGCCAGAAAUGCACAGCCUUCCUGCACCCCAAAUGUAAGCAGCCAAACCUUCCAGUAACAUUUUGAUUUCUUAACUUGGCUUCAGCAGACGCCACUCCCUGCCUCCACUGCACCCAACCUGUGCAGAGUUUAGCUGAUUGGUUGAGCGUGAUCAGCUGAUGUGCUAAAGCAAUUAGAUUACACAGCAUGACAGGAUAGCUAAAAGAAGCUCCGAGCAGGAGUUUCUGGCUCUCCCAGAGAGGAGAUGGGGAGUGGCGACUGGUGGACCCUAGGUUAAACGUUAGACAGUUACUAAAGCUUUGACUAUUUACAUUUGGCCCAGGAAUGUAGUGGGUAUGGUGCUGAGAGUGUCCUUUAUUAAAAAUAUAAUGUGUAUUCAUUUUUUAAUAAUGUUGAAAUCUAUAUAUAGUUUCACUUUAGCUCUCAGGCCUAUUACUUUUGUAUAGUGUUAUUCUUAAUAGAGAGUGAAUUUAACCUGAUUUGCUUAAAGGACCACUCUAGGCACCCAGACCACUUCAGCUUAAUGAAGUGGUCUGGGUGCCAGGUCCUUCUAGGGUUAACCCAUUUUUUAAUAAACAUAGCAGUUUCAGAGAAACUGCUAUGUUUAUUAAUGGGUUAAGCCUUUCCCCCUAAUCCUCUAGUGACUGUCUCAUUGACAGCCACUAGAGGCGCUUGCGUGCUUCUCACUGUGAUUUUCACAGUGAGAGCACGCCAGCGUCCAUAGGAAAGCAUUGUAGAUGCUUUCCUAUGCGACCGGCUGAAUGCGCGCGCAGCGCUUGCCGCGCGUGCGCAUUUAGCCCAGGAGGAGGAUCGGAGGAGGAGAGGAGGCAGAGAGCUCCCCGCCCAGCGCUGGAAAAUGGUAAGUUUAAACACCUAUCCCCCUUCCAGAGCCGGGCGGGAGGGGGACCCUGAGGGUGGGGGCACCCUCAGGGCACUAUAGUGCCAGGAAAACGAGUAUGUUUUCCUGGCACUAUAGUGGUCCUUUAACUUUGUACUGUACUGCCAUAGCCAAUUCUAGCCCACAUUUUACAUAUUAAUAAAAAUAAUUUUUAAAAACCAUACAGAUUAUCUGUGUACUAAAGUUUGUCUGUUUUCUAAAUUUAGGCAAAAAAUCAGCCAAAGAGGUCUGCCCUAUACUCAUAAUGUAUUUUAUGGUCAGAUUAUAUCUAUUUGAUGUUUAAUUAGCUUUUAUGUGAAUAUUUCCUUAUUUUUGAAUUCACCUAUAUCCUUUACUAAAGCUAUAAUAAUGGACAUUGUAAAUAUAGGUCUGUUAGAACAGUAGGUAUUUACACUGAACAAAAUUAUAAACACAACACUUUUGUUUUUGCCCACAAUUUUUGUGAGCUAAACUCUCAGGUUUAAGACCUUUUUCUAGGUACAUAAAAGGCCUAUUUCACUCAAAUAUUGUUCACAAAUCUGUCAAAAUCUGUGUUAGUGAGCACUUCUCUUUUGCCGAGAUAAUCCAUCCACCUCACAGGUGUGGCAUAUCAAGAAGCUGAUUAGACAGCAUGAUUAUUGCAAAGGUGUGCCUUAAGCUGGCCACAAUAAAAGGCCACUAUAAAAUGUGCAGUUUUAUCACACAGCACAAUGCCACAGAUGUCGCAAGUUUUGAGGGAGCGUGCAAUUGGCAUGCUGACUGUAGGAAUGUCCACCAGAGCUGUUGCCGUGAAUUGAAUGUUCAUUUCUCUACAAUAAGCCAUCUCCAAAGGCGUUUCAGAGAACUUGGCAGUACAGCCAACCGGCCUCACAAUCGCAGACCACGUGUAACCACACCAGCCCAGGACCUCCACAUCCAGCAUCUUCACCUCCAUGAUUGUCUGAGACCAGCCACCCAGAAAACUGCUGCAACAAUCAGUUUUCAUAACCAAAGAAUUUCUGCACAAACUGUCAGAAACCAUCUCAGGGAAGCUCAUCUGCAUGCUCGUCAUCCUCAUCGGGGUCUCAACCUGACUACAGUACAUCGUCGUAACCAACUUGAGUGGGCAAAUGCUCACAUUCGAUGUCAUGGCACUUUGGAGAGGUGUUCUCUUCAGGGAUGAAUCACGGUUUUCACUGUACAGGGCAGAUGGCAGACAGAGUGUAUGGUGUCGUGUGGGUGAGCAGAUUUAAACGUUGUGAAUCGGGUGGCCCAUGGGGGCAUUGGGGUUAAGGUAUGGGCAGGUGUAUGCUAAGGACAACGAACACAGGUGCAUUUUAUUGAUGACAUUUUGGAUUCACAGAGAUAUCGUGAUGAGAUCCUGAGGCCCACUGUUGUGCCAUUCAUCCACGACCAUCACCUCAUGUUGCAGCAUGAUAAUGCAUGGCCCCAUGUUGCAUCUGUACACAAUCCUGGAAGCUGAAAACAUCCCAGUUCUUGCAUGGUCAGCAUGCCAGACAUGUCACCCAUUGAGCAUGUUUGGGAUGGAUCUGUGUAUAUGACAGCGUGUUCCAGGUCCUGCCAAUAUCCAGCAACUUCACACAGCCAUUGAAGAGGAGUGGACCAACAUUCUACAGACCACAAUCAACAACCUGAUCAACUCUAUGCAAAGGAGAUGUGUUGCACUGCAUGAGGCAAAUGGUGGUCACACCAGAUACUUACUGGUUUUCUGACCCCCCCCGGAUCCCUCCAUACAGUAAAACGGCACAUUUUAGAGUGGCCUUUUAUUGUCUCCAGCCUAAGGGACAUCUGUGCAAUAAUCAUGCCGUCUUAUCAGCAUCUUGAUGAGCCACACCUGUGAGGUGGAUGGAUUAUCUUGAAAAAGGAGAAGUGCUCACUAACACAGAUUUAGACAGAUUUGUGAACAAUAUUUGAGAGAUAUAGGCCUUUUGUGUACAUAGAAAAAGUCUUAGAUCUUUGAGUUCAAAUGGGGGCAAAAACAAAAGUGUUGCGUUUAUAAUUUUGUUCAGUGUAUAUGAGUAAACGUUUAUAAUAGUUGUAGAUGUCUUUUUUUCUACCCCACCACCCAUUUCAACCAACAUUUAGUAGUUAUCUAUCUUAUUACAGUAAUACACGUAUUUCUUGUCUCCCUCUGCAGGUCCACUGUGCAGUGUAAUGGUGGAAAGAUUAGGAUGCAGAAUAACAGUGAUGAUUGGGGGUCUCUUGUGUGGAUUAGGAAUGGUUGCUAGUUCCUUCUCACAGACCAUAAUUCAUCUCUACUUGAGUGCUGGACUUGUGGGAGGUGAGUGUCCAUGUUUUGAGAUCUAGACUUAAAGGAUUACUCCAUGCACCAUGACCACUUCAAGUGUUUUGACGUAGUCAUGGUGCAAUACUCUGUAUGUGCAGUGUUGUAAUAUGAAACUCUGCACAUACUGAGAUAUUUUGUAUGUAUUAUGUUAAUUCUGUGCAUGUUACAUGGACAGAGAUUAAUUCAUUGGCUGAGAACAUUGGGCUGAUGCUCUCAGCUAAUGAAUGAGCGGCAGCAUCAGUAUAUGACAAGCUCUGCGGAAGCAAGGUGCCAGUCAAUCAGUAUUGUAGGUAAGAGGUAAGAGGCAAACCGUUGAAGGGCUAUGACAAACACUACAACAGAUAAUACCUUCAAAUGGAUAUCUGAAAAUAUACACACUGCAGCUCUGCAUGCAAUGUUUGUCACUGCUUUGGAAAAGCAGUGUAGGCUGGCUGUAUUGUUAUGCUGGCUGUUACGCUGAGACAGUUUUUAAGUCACCAUAUAUAUUUAGGUAUAAUUUUUUUUUCAGUUAUGGUAAUAUUGUCUUAUUAUAUAUAAGUCUUAUUCCUUUUACACAUGUUGAAUAGAUUACAACUUUUAUGCAUUCUUCUUUCGAGAGACACAAAAUAAAAUUCAAUAACAUACCAUUUUUUCAUAGUAACUCCCAUCACACGCAAGCACCCCCAUCUGGGACAGCUGGCUGUCAGGGUUAAUCAAUAAAGUAUGAAUAAUCCAAAGUGAAUUUCAUAUUUAGCUCAUAUUGCCAAAAUAAACCUUAGCUGACUUAUUAAAGUGAGACUGCAAGGUGAAUUUACACGUUAUUCUAAAUUUAAGGCCAGAGUAGCCAAACUGAAGCCAGGUUGGCUAUUUUGACCUUAAAUUUGAAAUUAAUUUUCAAAUCACCUUGAAUUCUCUCUUUAGUGAGUAUCACUUUUAAAGUUGUUUUCUAAUCCAGUCUAAAAUUCUAAAUUUGUUUUCAAUUCACUUUGACUUCUUGAUAGUUCACACUGUAGAGAAUAUCCCUCUGUGUGCGAUAUACUGUGUUUGUGACACCAUGGGGGUGAUUCAUUGAGCUCCAAAUUGGCAGAAGAAAAGUAAUGUAAAGCCCGUAAGGGUAAAAAAAGGAAAAUGUACAAUGUUAUUAUACAAUGUAAGAAAACCCAGUAGUAGAUUAUACAUUAAUAUAACUUAUAAUUGGCCCAGAAUGACACAAAAUCUCUGUAAAUUGUAUUCAUAUUGAUCCGGGAGUACUGAGGAUCCCAUGGCUGGUGUUAAGCCGCUCAAAAAAGAAUAAGGCAUUCACAAUUGCAGCCUACAAGCACCAUCACCACUACAAGCUGUAGUGGUUUUUGAGCUAGGAUAAACAUCAUAAUUCUGGCCCUUUGCAUAUCAGUCAAUUAUGCAUUUUCUUUAUCAUACAUAGACUAGUAGUAAUAAAGGGAAUGCUAUCAAUAUUGAACAAUAUCUAGUAAGAAGUUGUGCCUCCAAAUAGCCUUUGGGCUCAAAUUGAAGAUUUUCACAAAGUUUACUUUUUUGAGCCAAAAAUGUUGUUAGGAAUUGCAUGAUACAAUACUUGUAAAAAAUAUAUAACACACAAAAAUCAUUCUAUACCACAUUUAAAAAUAACUGUGUUACAGUGGUUUGUGGCAUUUAGCGUCAUGUAUAUAACAUUCACAUUAUCGUGUCUGUGAUACAAUGUAUAAGUAUGUGACACUGUGUGUCUAUAAAACAAUCUCUCUUAGCCCCCAAGACUUACGUAAUUGGUACACACAAAUUUAGCUACAGGGGUUUUGUUACUGGAUGUGCUGAACUGUGAGGUCAAUGUACUCUGAAGACAGCAUCGUUGUCAAUUUUAUAGAGUCAUAAUUCACAAACACUGGCGUUAUAAUUUUAGAUUCCUCACUUUGCUUGGAGAGAUGUCAAAUGUUAGCAAUAUGAUACGGAGCUCUUGUAAGUGAGGUUUGUUAGUAGUGAAAAUAAUAAUAAUGCCAAGUGUUAAAUAGACAUGGCAAAUUAAAUAUGCUAAAUAAUUAAAUAAGUGAAGCCCGUAAGAGAUUACAUUAGUUGAAGAGCAUUCUUAAUUGUAAAUGUAUUCUCAUGUCAUAUUUAGACAGUUUGCACUAAUAUAAAAUGCUUGAAGUUAGUUCAUUGAAGGAAUAGGUUUAAUGUAAAUUGCAUUCGGCAUUGUGAGAAACUGCAGUACUUACCUAAUCAUUGACUCAUGUAAUAAAUUAAUAUGAUGUAAUACUAAAAUGGUUAUUCAUUGUAGACUGCGUUAUUCACUGUUCUUUCUCAAUUUGCAAUUAGGUCUGGGGCUCUGCUUCUGUUUCCAGGCAGCUGUUACAGUACUAGGUUACUACUUCAUCAAACGCCGGACUUUGGCCAAUGCUCUGGCCUCCACAGGGGCCUCUAUUGGAAUGGCUUUAUGGCCGUUGGCUUCUCAACACCUGCUGGAAUCAGUAGGAUGGAGGGGUUCCUUCCUUAUCUUUGGUGGAGUUUUGCUUAAUUGCUGUGUGUGUGGGGCCAUUAUGAGACCAGUUAGAUCACCAAACCCAAUAUCGAAGAAGGAUGCUCUUCUAAACUCACCCAAUGGUAAACCCAAUGAAAGCGAGGAGAUGGAAAGUGGUAAAGGAAUUCAGAGGUAUAUGGCUUUUGACCUUCUUCUUCGGCAUCGCCGUUACCAGAUCUUCACUAUUGGUGUCACGUGGAUGGUUCUUGGUUUUGUUUUACCACUCUUCUACUUGGUUCCUUAUGCUACCAGCAAAGGGGUGGAGGAAUCAACAGCUGCUUUACUAUUGUCCCUCAUUGGAUUUAUCAAUAUCUUUGUACGCCCAAUAGCUGGCCUUGUAUCUCAGCAGAAGAUAUUUUCUGGUCGACUUAUGUACCUAUUUAGUUUCGCAGUGACUUUGAAUGGCCUCAGUAAUCUUGUAUGUGCGUCCUGGGUUUCCUUCACAGCUUUUGUAACUUAUUGCAUUUUGUACAGUGUCUCCAUGAGCUUCAUUGGAGCGUUAGUUUUCCAAGUGCUGAUGGACACUGUUGGGAUGAAGAGGUUUCCCGGAGCAUUUGGACUUUUCACCAUUCUGGAAAGCAUCACUAUUCUGAUUGGACCACCAUUAGCAGGUUUGUGAAAAGGAGAAAUUACAUACCUAUUCAAUAAAUUUUACUACAUAGUAAGGGGAAAAUACAACAAUAUUAAUACACUGGUUGCAAAUUGUAUUUUUAAAUUCAUAUGCUAGAACAGUUACUUCAUUAUUACCUAUUUUCAUGACUGUGUAAAACAGUCUCAGCAGUACAUAUUUAUAGGCAAAGGGGAAAAAAAUAAUUUCUACGUAAUUCCCUUUUGCUUGUUGUUACUAUAUAAAUAUUCAGUGUAAAGGGAAAAUGUCAUAUCUCAUUGCCUGAUUCAUUGUGUCACUGUAUGUUAGCUUCAGUUCUAAUGGACACUAUCAAGGGACAAUGUCCUAAAAGGUGGGGGGGAAAUGGACUGGACACAUGCUCUGCUGCUGUGCAGUCAAUACAACAAUUUGUAAUAUGUAGAUUUAAUUAUUGGCAAUAUAAACUGUUCAUGCAUAUACAAUGACUGAUCACAUAAAAAUAAACUUACAGGCAGAUAUAAUGACUGGUAACAUGCUGCUCUUUGUACAUAUAAACACUGCACACAAAGACUGUUGAGCAUGGACUGUUCACACGCUUCUAUGCACGAAUAUAAAUGUAUCACAUGAUUCUACGUGGGAAUGUUGACACUGGUCAGAUGUAGUAGACUGAUAUAGACUAAAAAAAAAUGCACUGCAUGCCUAUAAAAAUGCACUGCACAUGCUGCACUGUGAGCAUGACAAAAAAAGUCUUAGAAAAUGCUUUGCAUAUGCAAAUAAAUUAUUCACAAUGUUGUACAUGUAAACUUUUAUAAAAUGCACUGAGCUGCAAGAGUGCAAAAGGUGACCACAUUUUUUUUCCCUGCGGAAACAGACUAAUCAUUGAGCUGAUGUAUUUUGCAUAUGUUUGAACACUUGUUACAUUUCACACACAAUGACGUGUAUGAAAAUAAUGACUACACAGCAUAUUCUGCGCGGAUAUAAAUAAUUCAGAUGUAGACAGUGGUGUAUCCUGGUUUUGUGCUGCCCUAGGCAGGACAAAACUCAGGUGCCCCCGUGCGCCACCCCCACCCAACCCUUCCCCUCUGCCCCGCAUUCUAAAUACACACACACAUUCACUGACAGAAACACACACUCACUCACAGACACACACUCACUCACUAACAGACACACAAACACUCACUAACAGACUCACUCACUAACAGACACACACACACACUCAAUAACAGACACACACUCACUCACUAACAGACACACACACUCACUCACUAACAGACACACACACACACACUCACUAACAGACACACACACACACACACACACACACACACUCACUAACAGACACACACACUCACUCACUCACUAACAGACACACACACACUCACUAACAGACACACACACACUAACAGACACACACACACUAGCAGACAAACACACAUUAACACACUCACUUUUUUUUUUUAAUUUAACCCCUCCCAGCCUCCUUACCUUUAGGAAUGCUGGGGGAGGGGUUUCUCCCUUUCCUUGGGGCUGCUGGUUGGUUGGGUGGGUGGCGCUGGCGAGGGAGCACUUUCCCCUGAGCGCUCUGGUCAGCUCCCUCGCGCGCCACAGAGUAAUGCUGGGAGUCGGAAUAUGACGUCAUAUUCCAGCUCCCGGCAUCCCUCUGUGGCGCGCGAGGUUGCUGAGGAAAGUGCUCCCUCGCCAGCAGCCCGCCUGCCUGGACUGUUAGCUGCAAGGCUAACAAGACAUUUUCCCUGGGCAUUUGGGGGUGGCUUUUUUUGCCGCCCCCUGGAAAAUGCCGCCCAAGGCAAAUGCCUUGUUUGCCUCGCGGCUAAAACGUCCCUGGACGUAGAAAUGCCCACAAUAAAUAUAAGAACAGAGCACAUAUUGUACUCUGCAUAGAUUAAAAUACGUAAUCAAAAGUACUUUGUAUGAAUAAACUCAUUGGAAACAUACAAUUCUGUAAGUGACUUUAAACAGAAUGGAAAUACAGUGAUCUGCACAAACACCAACUGAUUAUAUAACAUUUUGUGUUGAAUGUUUGAUUCCUGACCAUGCGCUGUGUCCUGAAUGAAUAUAAAACGUAUCCCAUACAGUACUUUCCUUGAAUAUCAAAUUCUAUUUUAUAAAAUACUUGCAAAAAAGUUUAACUUGCAUAUAUUACUUUGCAUGAAAACAGAGGCAGAUUGUAAAAAGACUGAUUACAUACAGUUCUGUGUGUUAUUGCAGAGACCACAUAAGUGUUGUGCACAAAUGUAAAACCAGUUGCUUUACAAGGAUCUACAUUAAUAUAUGCUACUUUUGCAAAAUCUAGAAAUAGUUGAAAUGCAGUGUUCUAUAGUAAUGUAAUUAUCCAGUUGUCCUCUCCAUCACUGUCAGACUUCCUACCUUCAUAGUUCGUCUAUUUCUUCCAUUCCGUACUUCCUCCUCUUGAGACUUAUUCUCUUUCUUACCCACCCUACUUACCUAUCCAUCCAAAACUGUAUCCAUUAUUACCUCUCUUCCUUCUACACCAGGGGUUCUCAACCCAGUCCUCAAGGACCCCCUACCAGUCCAGGAUUUAGGGAUUACCUGGGUGUGUCUAAGGUGUUUUUUUUUCUUUUUCUAAACACCUUAGACACACCCAGGAAAUCCCUAAAUCCUGGACUGGUAGGGGGUCCUUGAGGUCUGGGUUACGAACCCCUGUUCUAUAACUUCUCUUACCCAUUAGCCAAUUUCUCCCCAACCAUCCCCUUUCCUUCUUCAUAAGCCCUCUUCUCUCAUGUUGUCCCUUUCCAUCCAGCUUUCAGAUGUCUUAGUCAAGCAUUCUGUUUUCUUUAAUUUCAGGGUUACUGGUAGAUUAUACUGAUCAAUACGGCUUGGUUUUCUACGCCACCUGUAUUGCUGUGACCUCAUCUGGAAUCUUCAUGGGAUUGGCCUCAUACAUAGUUAACCGAAAUGAUGCAAACAGGAAACAGAAACAAACCACAACAGAUGCCACAUGGAAUAAUGAGACUAUAGACAUCAAACCGUCUUCUGCCUACCAAGAUGUGCUUUAAAUGACUAUCCUAUGAAUCAAUAUUAUUCAACUCUACACUUGCGGAUCUUCUCUGGGCAUUAUCAAGGCUAUACUUCCUUGUCCUUUAAGGAUUUGUGGAAGUACAAUUUAUUUCCAUCUCUAUUUGAAAAAAACCAACACAGCUCCGUGGGUGAUGUAUGUGAUUAGAAUGGUGAAUUCUCUCUGGAUGUUAAAAUCAGUUUCUUUGUGAGGAUGAGAGAUCUCUGCAGAAUUAAAAAUACAACACCAAGGUGGUGCGCUAGAUUCCUAUGGGCAAACCUUUGUAAAUGAGUAAAUCUGUGACAGAAAAAAUGAUGUACGCCAGCUCUUCCUUAGUUGUUGAGGGAGGGCUACCAGGUUUAUGUCUUUCUUAAUAGAUGUCUGAAGGAGAACACCAUCUCUACUUAAAAAGAAAAAGAAAAAAAGGUCCAUAAGUUAGAAGAUAUUGUAGUUAAUUUAUUCAAAAUAAAAUAUUUGAAGACACAGUACAGACGAUUGAGAAGUAAGGCAUGUAUACAUUACAAACUAAUGUAUUAGUAAAAUAUAUAUAUAUAUAUAUAUAUGAAUAACACCUUAAAAAAAUGGGCCUAAGUUUAUGUUUCUAUUACCCUCUUUAAAAAGGGUGAACUCCCUAGACGAAAGACUCUUGGGACUUCAGGGAUACCCAGGACAACCAAACUCAUUAAUGCAUUUCUUACAUUAGUAGUGAUGACAACUACUUGUUACAUUUCAAACAGGUGUUGAUCUCUGUUUAUUGAUAGUUUUUUUGGUUUUUUUUUUUUAACUCUGAUAGAAUAAAUAUUAUUACUUUGAGAUAGCCAUCCAUAGUUUUCAGGAAGAAAGGUAAAAUGUGUUCAAUGUUUAACACUUCCUUUUCAUAUCUCAGGGAACUGUUGAAUGAAACUACCUCUCUGGUCAUUUGCACAAAACGGACUUAGCUUUAAGAUAGGAACUCUUAUAUGAAAUAUCACACUUAUGUCUUGCUAUGCAAUAUUUAUUAUAGUAUAUUAAUGUGCCUUUUUUUCCUGACAGUGCAAAUAUAUAGUCUAUUCGCUGCAAAGAACUGCAAUAAUUUUCAUUUGCAGGUUUUACUCAGAGAAGCAUUAAGAACCCACGUCUAGGCGACCAUUUUGGGGCCUCCCUCUUUUUUUUAACAUAACGGUGGUUAAUGGGGCCAAGCAAAUUCAUGAUUUGGGAGCCCCUGUCUAAUCCCUGGGACCUAGUCGGACCCUUACGGUUUCCUUAUGGUUAAUCCUGCUCAGGUUAAAUGAAAUUAUGAGGACAGACCAAAUAUCCUCUAGAAUGUAAGCUCAUUGAGCAGGGCCCUCCACCUCUCUGUUCCUGUACGUCCAGUUGUCUGGUUCCAAUUACAUGUCUGUUAGUCCGCCCACUGUACAGCGCUACGGAAUCUGAUGGCGCUAUAUAAAAAAUUAAAUAAUAAAAAUAAUAACUAGAGAGAACACAGACUUUUCAAUAGAGCAAUGAAAUGUGUGAAGAGGGAGCUAAAUUGAAAUGAGCUGAACUAGAUAAAGGUAAAAAAAAAAAAUUAUAAAAGAAUAUCAGCAGAGGAGAAAAAAAUAGACUGAUUGCACGACCGUUGCGCCCAGAGCAACUUGGGGUAAUGAUGACGCAAGCACAAGGGCUUGUUGCGGAGGUUCCCCCUGCACCCAUCACCCCUCAUUAAAAAAUCAAUAGUAUUUGCGAAGUAAAAGGAUUGAGAAACUGUCACUUGUAGAAGAACUGCCAGUUCCUUUUUUUUUUUUUACAAACAAUUGAGAAUUUAUAAUGAAAUAAUGGAACCUGACAAUACGUUUACACAAAACUGUUGUCAAUUUUGUUGUUUUUUGUUGUUGAUGAUAGAGACAUGAUGUCUUGCCUAGAUACCUAAUCUGGUAUGUUACAAAGGUAUCACACUGUUAGGUACAAAGAAAGGAAAUAUUGGAGAAUAAAUACACAAAUAUUUUCUUACUAAGCCUUUUAACCCCUUAAGGACAAAUGACAUGUGUGACAUGUCAUGAUACCCUUUUAUUCCAGAAGUUUGGUCCUUAAGGGGUUAAACACAAACCAAAAUAAUAAUGUACUAUGUUUCUCUCUCAGUUUUCACCUCUUACUAUAUCUACCCAACCGUUAUUUAGGAAAUACGCAAAAUAGUCGUUCGUUAUAUUACUAGUGUUGUUAAAAAAAAACACUGUUCACUCUAUGUAAUGUGUAAAUGUUUAAUAUUAUUUAUUUCUAUAGUUUUGUUUUGUAAUUAUGAAACAGCAUUGAAUCCAUCAAACUGAUUUUUCAUACUUCUAUGUAUGUUUAUUUUAAAAAUAUAUAUAUACAUUCUUGACUCCCAAAUAACAUAUACAAUUCUCCCUGGAGCAAGAUGCAGUUACUAUUAAUUAUUUUUAUAAUUAUUUUGUAUUAAUUAUCAUAUGUUUGUAUUACCUUUAAAAAAUUAUUUUCUUUAAUACCAUGAUUAAAAAAAAAAAGGGGGGGGGGGUGUUAUUUAUAAUAGUCUUUCUUCUUUUCUUUUUUUACUCAUCUUAACUAAAUAUCAAAUGAACCUUUGUCCUUUCUACGAUCCUGGUAAUGAGCAGGUUCAAAAACCUUUUUUUUUUUGCAUUUACCCAUUAGAUUUCUGUAUAAUUCUAUCAGAAAUUCAUAUACCAUUUCUCUGGGAUGAAUAAAUUCCACUAUUCUAGCCUUUCCUCUAAGAUCUAAUUAUUCAUUCAUUCUACUAACUUUGAAACUUCCUCCAUUCUUUUUCCAGUUACAGAACAUAUUUUUCUAGAGAACAUGUGUCUGAAAUUCCACUCACUUGCCAUUCAGUAAUACAAUACCUUGUUUUCUGAGUGAAUUCGAGACUUAUUUGUUUGUAUUCCAAAAUGCAUAACUUUGAAUUUAUCCAUAUUAACUGUCAUAUGGCACCGGCCCACCCAGUCCCUUUCAUUGCCUCAAAUUCUUUGCAAAGUGAUAACAUCUAGGUUGUUUUUUUUUACUACUUUAUCUAACUUUGUAUCCCUUUCAAGACCUUAGAUAUAGCUUUCUUCAAAGUUAACCCUGGAUGAGGUCUGGAAUGUUCUGCUUGCCAAAUAUCAACAAUAUAGAAUUUUACAUUAAAAAAAAUAUCUCUGCAUAUGAAAUGUUUGCCAUUUUCAUAUGAAGGUGUUUUAUUUACUAAAUAUGUUAGAGGUGUUCAAAUGUGGUCUCCCAAAAAUAAACACUUACAGGGUUAUUCGCUAAAGUAAGAAUUCAUGGUGAAUUCAAACCCUCAGGCCCCCCCUCCUGCUGGGCUGAAGGGGUUAAAACCCCUUCAGCUACUUAUUUUAAUCCAGCGCCGGGCUCCCUCAGCGCUGGUGACCUCUCCUCCCACUCCAAAAUCAGCUCCCGAGUGGAGUGGAAUGCGCAUGCACGGCCAGAGCCGUGUGCGCAUUAAAAACGCCCAUAGGAAGUCAUUUCUCAAUUCUUUCCUAUGGACGUUCUGCAUGCUGAAUGCGAUUUUCGCAUUGAGGGUCGCGGAAGCGCCUCUAGCAGCUGUCAGGAAGACAGCCACUAGAGGCUGGAUUAACCCUGCAAUGUAAACAUAGCAGUUUCUCUGAAUAGUCGUUCAUUUCUCUGAAACUGCUAUGUUUACAUCUGAAGGGUUAAAACUUGGGGGGCCUGGCACCCAGACCACUUCAUUGAGCUGAAGUGGUCUGGGUGACCAUAGUGGUCCUUUAAGGUCAUAAUAGCCAAAAUUGAAAAAGUCAGCUGUGCUUUCAGUUCUGCUACUCUGGCCUUAAAUUUGAAAUUCUCUUUGCAGAAUUAUUCACUGAAGUGAGAAUUAAAAUAUUUCACAUCAUAUUUAUUGAUGGCAUGUUCAUUAUGUAUCACUUUCAGGAGAGUAACUGUGAUUUUGUUUGCAGAAAGUGAGUUGAUUGUAAGCUUUGUGGGUCACAUGAAUUCUGUGUAUCUCUACGGCAAGAACAACUAUUAUGGAUGUUAUGAGUUUACUCACUAUGCAGUACUGUGAGUCAAAAUAUAGCACAAAGGGUAUGGAGAAAAACAUUGUUAUACAGCAAGCAUUUACCAAUGUUGCAGCUGACAGAUUAAAUUGUAUUGUGAUAAAAUGUUUUAUUGUGUU